UUAGACAUGGCGCUGGCCAGCGUGUUGGAGAGGCCGCUACCGGUGAAUCGGCGCGGGUUUUUCGGACUUGGGGGUCGUGCAGAUCUUCUGGACCUGGGACCAGGAAGUUCCAGUGAUGGGCUGAGCCUAGCCGCGCCCAGCUGGGGUGCCCCAGAAGAGCCUCGAAUUGAAAUGCUUCAUGGAACCACCACUCUGGCCUUCAAGUUUCGACAUGGAGUCAUUGUUGCCGCUGACUCCCGGGCCACAGCGGGUGCCUACAUUGCCUCCCAGACGGUGAAGAAAGUGAUAGAGAUCAACCCCUACCUUCUGGGAACCAUGGCUGGGGGUGCAGCGGAUUGCAGCUUCUGGGAGCGUCUGUUGGCUCGGCAGUGUCGAAUCUAUGAGCUUCGAAAUAAGGAACGCAUCUCCGUAGCCGCUGCAUCUAAGCUGCUUGCCAACAUGGUGUAUCAGUACAAAGGCAUGGGGCUGUCCAUGGGCACCAUGAUCUGUGGCUGGGAUAAGAGAGGCCCUGGCCUCUACUACGUGGACAGUGAAGGGAAUCGGAUCUCUGGGGCCACCUUCUCUGUGGGUUCUGGCUCAGUGUAUGCUUAUGGGGUCAUGGAUCGAGGCUACUCCUAUAACCUGGACGUGGAGCAGGCCUAUGAUCUGGCCCGUCGAGCCAUCUACCAAGCCACCUACAGAGAUGCCUACUCAGGAGGUGCUGUCAACCUCUACCAUGUGCGGGAGGAUGGUUGGAUCCACGUCUCCAGUGACAAUGUAGCUGACCUACAUGACAAGUAUAGUGGAUCUACCCACUGAAGGAGGGUGGAUGUGGCUGCUUGCAUUUCUUGGGAUGAUUGUCAUUGUUAAUGAUACAGCACCCCAUCUUAUAGUGGAGGAGUCCUCAGUUGUGUCGAUACUUUUUUUUGAAGCUCUGGAACAUUGACCUCUAUGUGUUACCAAAUGUUAAUGAGCUGCAACAGAGGUGACUACUUGUUUUACUUUUUUGGAUGUUAACAUUACACUACUCACUACUCCGA